AUGAAAUGGGAUAUGCAGAUGGAAGAAAUCGAAGCCAUUCUCGAGAAAAUUUGGGACCUCCACGACAAGCUCAGCGACGCCAUUCACUCUGUUUCCAGAUCCCACUUCCUCACUUCCCUCAAAACCCUCAAAAACUCUUCGCCCCUUCCCACCGCCACCGCUAACGCCGCCGAUGACCGCUCCGGCUUCGUCUUUGUCAAGGACUUCCGACCUUCCGACGACGAUGAUGACUCCGCUGUUCGUGACGCCAAGAGUCUCAACGCCAUACGGACCGCGCUUGAGAACCUCGAAGACCAGCUUGAGUUCUUUCAUACUAUUCAAAACCAGCAGCGUGUUGAGAGAGAUGCUGCAAUUGCACGCUUAGAACAGAGCAGAAUUGUUCUUGCAAUGAGGCUGACAGAACACCGAGGUAAAAAGUAUAAAGUCAUUGAAGAAGCUCUUGCUUUUAUUGGAGAUGUACAUGAUGCAGGAUGCCUUGUCGCUCCUGAUAUUCUUCUUUAUGGACAACCAACCUGUUCUUCUGAGAAUUUUGCGACUGUGAAAACGAAGAGAUCUAAUAUUCUUAUCAACAUUUUUGUCUCUAGUUUCAAUUUUGUGAAGAGAUCCCUCGGAUUGGAUCAUAUGGGUGGAAUAGUGGGAAAUGCUGCUUUAGUUGCAGUUAGCAUGAUAGCUUUGCUUCAUUUACAUCAAGUAGCUAAUCAUGAGCAGCCAUAUAGGCAACAAGAUAGAGUUCACAGCCACAGAACAACUGUGAGAAGAACUAAAUUGGUCGGUUCUUCGUCCGAUGCUCAUUCCAAUAAUUUGGAUGUAUUGUUAGCUAGAGGUUAG